AUGGAAGGCUUAGAAACUAAAAAGAGGAUUUUAAUUUGUGGAGGAGGGAUAGGAGGAUUUGCUUUAGGUCAGUAUCUUCACCAGUACAGAAGUAAAGAGUUUGAUUUUGAUAUAAUUGAAAAAGAUGUUGAAUUUAGUUCAAGAAAAUAGGGAUACUCAUUAACCAUAUAAAAGAAUGGAUAAAGAGUUUUAGAGUUAAUUAAUAAAUUAAAGGAUUUUGAAGAAUGCGUAAAAAAAGGUAUUGCUUUAAAAGGCAGAGGGUAAACUCGUUAUAGUAUGAUUGAUGGUUCUUUAAUUUCACAAUCUAACGAAUAAAAAAAGGACUUACACUAUUACAUUCCAAGGUAAGAAGUUAGGAGAAUAUUGUUGGAGGGUAUUGAAAGUAAAGUAAAGUGGGGUUAUUGGGUUAAUUCUUUUACCAUUUAAGAGGAUGAAAAGAUAGAGAUUUAAUUUUGUUGCUAAAAUUAAGAAGUAAAUCCAAAAAAAGAACUCUAUGAUUGCUUAGUUAACUGUGAAGGGUUAUAUUCUAGAAUCAGAACAACCUUAUUAGGAAAGGAAGACUUAGUUUACUUAGAAACUAUAAUGAUAAAUGGCAUUAUAGAGAAUACAGAUGAAUACUAUAAAGAAAAUAGAUCUUAUAUCUAUGAAGGAGAUAAACAAAUCAGAUUAUUUUUUAAGCCAUAUUAAAGAGGAUAGCUUAUGUGGUAAUUAACUGUAUCUCUUAACUUAGAAUAAGCUAUAAAUAUAACCAAGUAAAACCCUUCAGAAUAAUUAAGUUAUGCACUUAAAUGCUUAGAGAAAAUGAAUGAUCAACCAAUCUUUAACAUGAUUUAAAAAACUUCUCUUGAUUUAAUUAGAUGUGGGCUUCUUUAAACAAGAGAACCAAUAACUGCAACUGAUUUUACUAAUUUUUAAUCAGUGACAUUUUUGGGAGAUUCUGCACAUCCCAUGCCUCCUUUUAAAGGUUAAGGAGCAAAUUAAGCUCUUGAAGAUGCUGCAGAUUUAGGGAGAAUUAUUACACCUGAUAGAAUUACAGAGAGUCUAAGAGUUUUUGAAAGGUCAAUGUUCAAAAGGGCUAAUUAUUACUAAGAAGAAUCUGUUAAUAGAGUAAAAGAUUUUCAUGAAUCCAAAGAUGAGUGA